CUCUUCGGCCUUACAGUUUGCGGGCGAGGAAGUGGCCGUUUUUCUUCGCCGUUUUGCCCCGCGGUGGCCGUUGCUUGCUUGCCUGCCGCUCCUCCUCCCGUCGACCCACGUGGGCAGAAAACGGCGCCGGGACUCGGGACGCAGCGAGGCGGCCGGGCUUCCCCACUGUGCUCUCGCCCAUGUCUGGGACGGUGGUGGAGGCCGUCCGGGGCAAAGCAGCUGCCGCUCAGCUGCUGUCUUUUAGCGGGCUCUUCGCCGUGUAUAAGGCCAAGGGAUGCACCUCAGCCGCUGUCCUAAACCGGCUUAGGGCGAAGCUGAUGGCAGGUACCACUGAAGGGGGAGAGCAGAAAGUCCAGGGAAGGAGGGAGAGUCUGGGCCAGAGGUGGGGAGCCUGCGGCCCUUCCGAGACGACCAGGCUCUUCUCAACUCAGCAGCCGGUGUGGCGGCCGACAGGUUGCGGAGCAACAUCUGGAAGGCCUCAGGUUCCUCAUCUAGGCAGGUCCUAAGGCAGGCAUAGGCAAACUCGGCCCUCCAGAUGUUUUGGGACUACAACUCCCAUCAUCCCUGACCACUGGUCCUGUUAGCUAGGGAUGAUGGGAGUUGUACAGUGGUACCUCGGGUUACAGACGCUUCAGGUUACAGACUCCGCUAACCCAGAAAUAGUACCUUGGGUUAAGAACUUUGCUUCAGGAUGAGAACAGAAAUCGUGCAGCGGCGGCAGCGGGAGGCCCCAUUAACUAAAGUGGUACCUCAGGUUAAGAACAGUUUCAGGUUAAGAACAGACCUCCAGAACAAAUUAAGUUCUUAACCAGAGGUACCACUGUAGUCCCAGAACAUCUGGAGGGCCAAGUUUGCCUAUGCCUGCCUAAGGUGUGCGAGGAAGUAGUGGAGUUUAGUUGACUCGGAGACUGAAUGCUGCACAACUCUUUUCUUCAUUAUUUCCUCAGCACCGAAUUUAUGUGUAAGCUAAACAAGAUAUAGCUUAGGCCCCCCCCAAAAAAAAUUUAAAGGUCAAAAAACCCCUGGAUGUACAUUUCCAAAAUAUAAGAUAAAGAACAAAUAAAUAAAACCUACAUACAGCAACAGUGUUUUGUGUUGUAUAGGCUCCUAUGAUGUAAGUAAUGGGCCCCACCUGCUAGCCUGCUCCCUAAAAUAUCACUGGUUUGCUCAUUUCUAUAUGUAGGAUGCCUACAUUCUGCAUGGACUGGUUGUAUGGCAACAUGUGCAAAUGGUUUUAGAUACCUAUUAGGUCCAUAAAUUACCAUAUAGCAUAUAUUCCACACACAAAACAGCGACAAUUUGUUGUUGACAAAGGACAGCUGGACAUGUAAAGGGCCCCAUUACCUUCAGUAGCUUAGGGCCUCAUCAAACCUAAAUCUGGCACUGUUUCCUAAACACAGCAGUGCACUUUGGUCAUUUUAGGCAUUGGACAGUGGGUACUGCUUCCCCACCUCCAUCCACCUAAUUGCAUUCUUUACAACUGCUUCAUUCCUACACUGGAAUAAUAAUAAUAAUAAUAAUAAUAAUAAUGGCAGCAGUAGCAACAGCUUGGCAACCCAGAUAAUUACAAAGAAAGACCCUGAUAAUGUGUAGUUUCCUGUCUUAAUCUCUUUCAUCCACUUCUGUCUUAAGCUCUUCUAAAUGGUGUUUCUGCAUGUAUUUCCGUUGUCACGAUAACAGGUUGCGAUAGUGGAUUUUUUUGUUUCUUUUUCUGCCACAUCUGUAAUACAGAUUUUCCAGAGUAACUAUGGCAUCCCUUCAAAGGAAAACCCAGUGAUUUGUUGUUGUUGUUUUUUGUCAUUGAUAACUUUCAAAAGAACAAUAGUCUUUGAUUCCCACCCCACAGCUGUUGGCAUUUGGUCUCCCCUCCUGCCGUCUAUCUGCCAUUCUCAACACUACCUCCUGGGGAAAAACGAAAAGCUUUUUUUGUAGGGGUUCUUUGAUGGUGUGGAACUGGAGGUGAGGGAACACAGCAGGACACAGUGUGGAGUACACCAAAUGCUGGUCUGAUCCUGCUGGCAUAGCAGUGUGUUUGCUGAGCAUGUUCAAGUUCUGGUUGGCUUUGGCCUGCCACCUCUUUGCUCCUCCCAUGAUGCAGUCAGUAACCAGCCUCAAACAAGGAGACUGACGAAUGGAGCACUAGAAAAAACGACAAUGCUGGGUGUUGUAUUGAUGACCUACCUGUUUCCCACCACCACUGUGUUGUCCAUAGCGAUGUGGGGCCUUGGACUUGGGCCCAAAUUCUGCGGGUUCCAUUGCCUUUGCAAACAGGUGCAAAGAACAAAUGUCUCCACACUUUAUCUGAUCUUCCAGCAUAAUCCAUGGAAGUCUGACUUGAUGGAUAGCAUUUCUCACUUCACAUUUAUGUCAAGAGUGCUGAUAUGGUUCCCCUGUUGCAAUUAACCCAAGAUGCAGAAAGGAGUUAUGUUUCUGUGGCAUGCCUUUAAAAAAGCAUCCUAAACCUUCUUUUCUAACCAAACGAUUGUGUAGCUUCUGGGUUUUUUUUAAUAUUGUCGACAUGCCAAAUUUGGAGCUGAAUUUGGGGGUUCUAGAGUAGGGACCAUUUGUAUCUUUGCAUGAGUAUGUAAGGUAGAUAACUUUUAUUUGGAUGUUCCUGUUGAGGGAAAGGCGAGAGCUUAGAUAUGUCCUAAAAUAUCCAAAUAGUGGAUGCUGUGUAAGUGUUCUCCAAUGAGAAGCCAGUUUUUGUAGAGACAUGGCCACAUAAACACACUACUAGUCAUAUUAGUUGCUUUGCUGCAAAGAGAAAGUUGCCAACAUAUUUUGGCAAAAUUUAUGAAUUAUUUGCAAUCUAGCUUCGUUUCUAGAUUUACCACCAUUUCUGAGCACUAAGUUUCUUUGCAUGUACUGGGCCCAUUGAUUUAAAUGGGGAUGGUAAGCAUGUGCUCACCCUCGGUUUGUAGGAAAUAAAAAAUGGACCAAUAGCAGGUAAUAGUUAACAGCAGUUUAUUAUUGGCUUCUAUGAAGUAUUCAUUACCAAAGCACAAAUUCAAUUUCACCUAUUCAAUUUCAGAUGCAUCGGUUUUUGUUGUGAUUAUUUUAUUGGAUAAUAUACUGCUUAAUCCCCUGCCAACCUAGCAGUUCGAAAGCACGUCAAAGUGCAAGUAGAUAAAUAGGUACCGCUCCGGCGGGAAGGUAAAUGGCGUUUCCUUGCACUGCUCUGGUUCUCCAGAAGCGGUUUAGUCAGGCCGGCCGCAUGACCUGGAAGCUGUACGCUGGCUCCCUCGGCCAAUAAAGCGAGAUGAGCACCGCAACCCCAGAGUCGGUCACGACUGGACCUAAUGGUCAGGGGUCCCUUUACCUUUAUACUGCUUAAUGGCCAAGUGGGUUACUAAGUGGUUUACAAAUUAUAAAAGCCAAAUACACAAAAACCAAUUUAAAAACAAGAUUAAAAUACACAACAAAGCAGUAUCAUAAAAAAGGAGAUCCAGGUCACGGGAUCAGGAAAAUGCUUGUGUAAACAGAUGCAUCUUCAAGAGCCAGUGGAAUGUCAGUAUAGGUGGCCUCUGUAUUUUGCCUUUCUUCCAAUGCAUUUGGAGCAGGGUUUUAAACACACAACAAUUAAAAAACCCCACACACCGGCACUUGGUUAAGGUUUGUACCUGGGUUUUGCACCUGUAGAUCUGCUCCAAAUCCACCUUUCCCAGCUUGGUACUCUCCUGGUGUUCUGAACUACAAUUACAGUACCAUGCUGGCAGUGGCCAAUAGGAGCUGUAAUCCAAAACAGCUGGAGGGUACCAGGUUGGAGGAGACUGGGUUAGCUACUGCAUCCCCUGACUUGAGCACCACAUUGCCAUCUGCUCGCAACCUUGUAGCUGGGAAUGCAAGUGCAGGCAGGGCUUUCACAGUCUUAUCUACAGAACAGCGUGCAAUCUCAUAUCGUUUCUUUCCAUAGCCAGCAAGGGACUUGGUUGUGCAUGUAGUCUGCUGGAUCCAAGCCAUUAUAUGUAAUUAAAUGUGGGAAACAUACUGAGAGACUGCUGUGCACUGUUGACAACAUUGGAAAAAUUCUGUGACUGUUGCUAGUUAUGGUUUUAUUACUGUAACAAAUCAGUAAAUGUGAUGCUUCUUGUAUGUUGUUGGGGAAAAUAAUGCACCCUGUCUGUUAACUAUUAAAAUUAUUAAUUAUCUGACGCCAGCUGAUGGUAGAUAUGAGAACAAGCUCUAGAUAUGCUAUUCGUUUUAUGAUACGACAAAUCCUAGGAUUCUGAUUCACAAUUUUCCUCCUUCCUUGGGAUUAAACUGUUUCCAUUAAAUUAGUUGUUCCACUUUGGUACCUUUCAAUGUGAACGGCAGAUUUAUGUGCCUUGUUUGUUAUUUUUAUGAAGUUCUAUGAAGCUUUUUAUCCUUUGGGAUCUUAUUUUUUCAGAAACCGGUAUGCCAAAGCCUAGUAGAAGGAAGAGGAAUAAAAUGUUAAAGAUUGGACAUGGUGGGAUUCUGGAUAGCAGUGCUGCAGGAGUGCUAGGUAAUUUGCAUAUUAGCAGUCCUUUAUUUAUUUGCAAUGUCCCUAGAGAACUCUCUCCCAUUGAAGAUAACUUGUCUGCCACAUUAGCAGCUUUUCCAUGUGAAAUUUAGAUGUACUUUUUCUUCACUCCUGUGCAGAUGGCUGGUUUAAAUAACUGAUUCCUCUGCUCCUGGACUGCCAUUUUAUGAUGUCAAUUGAUUUUAUGGUUUUUAUGUUACAUUUUCUGAGGUUCUGCCAUCAUACUAAGCUAGUCCAGUUGUGGUUUGUUUACCUGUUCACUCCAAAGCAGAAGUGCUUGGACUGAGUACACCAGCCUGCAACUUGUGCCCAGUACAAAAGCAUACUUUAAGGCCUAGCCAUACAUGUGAAGCCAGCUUUUAAGUUCCCAAGGUGGGUUGAAACAUUAUGCAACAUUAAAAACAGUUUAAAACAACAAUAAUAGAAAUAAAGCAGAUCAUUUUUUCUGUUAUUGUAAGGUGGGCAAAUAAGCUGAAUUACCGUAUUUUGUCUUUGCUGGCAUUCCUUCUUUUUUAAGCCACUGACGUUGGAGAAAUGAGUACUGCUUGCUCAGUCAUAAAUACUGCAGACCCUUUAAAAUAGCUCGGAAGGACCCCAAUGUAGAUUGAUGGUCCUUUUAGUAAUACAUUGCACUUAUGUGCAUUGCUUCUCGACGUACCAUACCCCACCCCACCCUGACAUACUGGAAAAAUGAAAAGCACCAGAGUAUUUUUUCCCCUCCUAAAAUUUCUUCUGUUAUCGUUUUUAAUCAAUUGACCCUGUUAAUGGAAAGUGUCAGAAUUGCGUAAAAUAAUAUUUGUUACUGGCAUCAUGUUUUACAGACAGCAGUAGUGAAUACAGAGGUGACGGGGCAGUUGUUGAAGUAAUGUUUCUCUUUGUUAACAGUGGUUGGCAUUGGAAAAGGAACUAAAAUGCUGAGCAGCUUGCUGGCAGGUUCUAAGGUAAGGAAAAAUGGGGUACUUAAUGUUUUCUGUAUGUUUUCCACCUUAAGUGAAUAAACUAACUAUGAAUAGGGAGGUGAGGGCAGACACUAUUUUCGGAUAGCAAAGACUGGGAAUCACACUGAUCUUUAAAUUGCUUUGACAAAACAAGUCUGUCUAAAAGAAGUGAGGCCUUGAGGCUUAACCUACAUUGGAAUCCUGGCUGUGCACAUUCUAGGUUAAUUCUUUAACGGUUAAUGCUUCCUUGGCUUGGAUCCUAAUAUAACUUAAGGAAGUUCACAGCGGGAAAGUCUCCUGUCACUUCCUUCCCUUCUGCUCCACUCCAUGCUCCAUUCCAUGCUGUUUGUGAUGCUCCCCCAACCAUCUGAGAUGUUUUUUAGGGGAAAGAGAAGAUGGGAAACUGCUUCUAUUAACUUAUUUUAAGUCAAAAUAUCUGAUAAGAAGCCCAUAAGAAAAGGCAGCAACAGAGGUUGGUCCGCUAGGGUGGAUUGCGGCACUGCCCCACUAACUUCAACCGGCCAUUAGCCAGCCUCUCCCCCAGCUUAAUUUCUCACUUGCAUUCAGUCCAGGGGGAGCAGUGUCUUAUCGACUUCUCCUUUCUUAGCCUCGGUGUUGCCCUUGUAGAACGGAGCAGGGAGGAGGAUGGGGCAAAACUGGAAUGAGUUGGCCCUGCCUUUCAUUGGUUCUGACUCUGCCUCCUGUUGACCUUGCUGACUUCCACCCUGCCAACCCCGGUAGACACUAGGCACCACUUCUUGAGUGGAAUUCUGUAUGUAGCUGAUGAUCUGUGGUAUGGAGGCUUUUCAGCUUCGUAUUCACUGUUGGCAGUAACCAUAAACUUGCAGGGUGCAGAAAUAGUGCAAUUAAUGUGCAUAAUGUGUCAAGGGAGGAAAAGCAUAACAUAAUGUAAUCUGCAUGAACACGCUGGACGCAGCUGGAGGACAUGUUACACUUCCUCUUUGAUACAGCGUAUGAAAUUUCUGGUGUGAGAUUAGAAAUGGCAGUUCCUUGGUUGUUUUGGAAAUUAUGCUUGGUUAAUUGAGAUCUCAAUUUAUACACACUGGUGAGUUUUAAUACUUACCCGCAAAAUAUAUGUACUGACAAAAGAGAGAGCUUAGUCCUCCAGGGCUCAAGAAAUAAAAUUAGAACUUGGUGAUCAUUGGGGGUUGUAUCCCACAUACUGCUAAGUGAAAGAGAAUUAGCACUGAACUUGUUUCACUAGAGGGUCAUCUUGUGAAAGAGGUUCCACAACCAGAUAGCUUUGUAUAUAGAGAGGAUAGGAGCAUAAAAAGGUAGUUUAAUGAGACUUCAAACUCGCACAAGCUCUUGCACAAUGGCUCCAUCAGUGCUUUUGCUGUGUUGGAUUCAUCUGCCCAGCAUGGAGAAAUGGACCUGUUCAAGCACAGGGCUUGUUGAAUGACAGUGUUGGAUGCAACCAUGGGUAUAGCUCAGCUUCAAAAGUGGAGCAAAGAGCCGCUUAACUUUGAACUCCUACACUAUCAUCUUGCACAGAUCUGCUUGGAAGUAAGUGGAUGAUGUUGGGUGUUUCAGCCCUAAAGGUGAUCUGUUUAUUAAAAUUCACCUUUGUUGAAGCUGGCUAGUAAAUAUGCUUUCUGGCUCUGGAGAGGAGGUGCAAAUAGUUGUUAAGAUGCUUUAACUGCUGCUGAAUAGGUUGGAACGCUCUUAGCUUCCAUGUCCCAAGUUUAUUAUCCCACGACACCUGUUUGCCUAUUUUUCUAGUGUGGCCCUGUAUUCUCUGACAACAGAGAUACCUCAUAUCUGGCAAAGCUAGCUGUUGUCAGUGUUAGCUAUGACUAGAUACAGUGGUGCAGACUUCUACUACUUCAUACCAUCUGUGUGGAUUCAUUUGAUUGCAUUGUGCAUUAUCCAGUUGUAGCUUCUUCCAUAUAACAGUAGCUCUACUUCCCUCAAGUAGGUCAGACGAGAGUGAUUUCACUUUCCCCUGGGAAUGAGAGGCUCAGUGUGAGUAAUCUGUACUGUGAUCUCCAAUGCACUAACUAGUUGAAAAUCCGUUCUUUAAAAAUGGGCACUCCUAGGCUAGCUGUUUUUUAUCUGAAUCCCCAGGAGCUUCACUGACUUGCAGAAGAUUAGAAUUGACUCCCCUGCAUUAAUUGCAGCUUCUUGUUUAAGCGAUAGGUGAAUGAGCGUUUGAUCUCAAAGGUUGUCAUCUCUCCAGAGAGAACCGUUAUCAAAAUGUCACCCGGAUAACAUCAAAUCCAGGCUCCCAGUGGCCUCAGAGGUUUGGGAGGAAAAAGAUGAACAGAACAAGGGGUAUACUGAGCUUGCCAUGGUCUUGAACAACUCAGAUAUUUUUUCAUAGUCAGUUGAAUUUCCCAGGGAUCCCCAAAUGGGUAGUGGAAGCCACUUUAAUUAGUUGUCUGAAAUGGAACUGUUCUGUUUUACUCUGACACAAGCUUGCUGUCAGAGGGGCUCGAGGAGGAUAAUGGCUAAUUUCCCUCUAGACUGAGACUAUUGCUGGCUUAUAGGUUUCUUGUGGUGUCCUUCUCUGGUUGCUUUUUUCCCUUUGCCUUUUUUAAAAGCAGAAUUCACCUAACACCCCUUGACAGGUAGUGCAUGCAUUUUGUACUCAGGUACACAGAAAGAUUAGUAUUAAUCCAAAGGUCAAUGAGCUAUUUUUCACAAGACAUUUAAACCGGUGUGGCAAAAUCAGCUUGGAUGCUGCAUGGAAGUAGAGACUUAAAUGAUGAGCAACUUUCUAGUUGGCAAUCUUGACUUUGUAUGAAAAACAGAAUCAUAGAAUUGUAGAGUUGGAAGGGGUCCAGAGGGUCAUCUAGUCCAGCCCCUGCAAUGCAGGAAUCUCAGCUAAAGAUCCAUCACAGAUGGCCAUUCAACCUCUGCUUAAAGAACUCCAAUGAAGGAGAGUCCACUACCUUCCAAGGGAGUCCAUUCCACUGUCAAACAGAUCUUACCAUCAGAAAGUUCUUCCUGAUGUUUAGUCAGAAUCUCCUUUAUAGUAGCUUGAAUCUAUUGCUUUGCGUCCUAGCCUCCAGAGCAGGAGAAAGCAAGCUUGCUGCAUCACAUUGUUGACUCAUGUGUAGCUUGUGGUCCACCAAGACCCCUGGAUCCUUUUCACAUAUACAGUCAUACCUCUUGUUACGUUUGCUUCAUUUUACGUUUUUUCAGGUUGCGUCCCACAGCGACCCAGAAGUAUCGGAAAGGGUUACUUCCGGGUUUUGCCGCUCACGCAUGCACAGACGCGCAAAAUGAUGUCACGCGCAUGCGUAGAAGCGGCGAAUCGCAACCCGUGCAUUGCGUUCCUUUCAUGUUGCGAACGAGCCUCCAGAACAGAUCCCUUUCGCAACCAGAGGUACCACUGUACUGCUGGCAAGCCAGAUGUCCCCCAUCUUAUAUUUGUGAAGUAUUAACUCAUUCUCAGGUGUGUACUGCACAGUUGAAGCAAUAUUGAAAGUCUGUGGAAUCUCUUUGUUAAACUCCUGAAAAUAAUCAUUGAUGUGUGGAAGACAUGCAUUGUAAGCAUGGCUUAGAAAAAGUAUACAGUCAUACCUUGAGUUGAAUGUGCUUUGGGUUGAGCAUGUUCGAGUUGCGCUCCGCGGCAACCCGGAAGUAAUGGAGUGCGUUACUUCUGGGUUUUGCCGCAUGCGCAUGCGCUCAAAAUGACGUCAUGCGUGGAAGCAGUGAAACGCAACCCGCGCAGACGCGCCAUCGCAUCUUGCGUUCCAUCUUGCGGAUCCCGUUCGCAUCCCGAGGUACCACUGUAAUGAAUGUCUGAUGUUUUUUAAUUUUCUUUUUGUUUCCUAUUCCAUUACAGUGGGAAUUUAAUAUCUGGAACAGGGGUGGGGAACCGGUGGUCCUUCAGAUGUUGUUAAACUUCAGCUCGCAUAAGUCCUAACUGGCAUGGCCAACAGUGAAGGCUAUCCAAGAUUCUGAGCCCCCCAGACCUCGAAAUCUAUUGUCUAGGCUUUCUCCUGUCACCCACAGUCAUUAUUAACAUAUUUCCACUGACUGAGAGGCUUCCUAGAUGCUUCUGCCCACCUGAUCUGUCUAGCCAGUCAAAAUAAUCACCACCAGCAAGUCGCAACUCUGACUUCACAACUCUCUCCCAUAGAAUGCCUUGAGUCGGGCAGUGGAUUCUGUGGGUGUAGAUUGCCCUUCUAAACCAAGGUUAGAGACGUUUCAGUUUAGUUAGCCAAUGUUUCUCAAACUUGGGUCUCCAGUUUCUGUUAAGACUACAUCUCCCAUCAUCCCUGACCGCUGGUCCUGCUAGCUAUGGAUUAUGGGAAUUGUAGUACAACAAUAGCUGGGGACCCAACAUUGAAAAACACUGAGUUAGGCGCUAAGUUCUUAUACAAUUGCGAUUCUUUUGUGUCCAUGCCUUUGCAGGGGGGAGAAUGGGAAGAAAACCAGAACAAAUUUAGCCCUAUCCAUGUUCCCACCCAUGUUACCUUAUUGGCCCUGCCUACAUAACCUUGGCUGCCCCCACCAGGUCCAGGGGCUAUCAGCCACCACUAAUGACCAUCUGGAGAGGCACAGGUUCCUCACUCUUGAUCUAGAGCUAUGGGAGCCUGUAGCUCAGUAGACAUGUUUGUGUGUCUCCCACAAGACCUUCAGGAAAUAGAUCCAUGCUUAUGAAAUAGGAUUAUUAUGGAAGGGGACACUUCUAUAGUGCCUGUUGUAUAUUGAAUGGGAGUAACUGCUAAGAGUUAGUAAUGCAUUUGAUGGCUUCCUCUAAAAAAACAUUAUGUUGCUUUUGGUAAUUGCUAGCUUUUGGUAUUCUUCUGGACACAGUGCAUAUGCAGGGAUGUUCACUUUUGUUAACCAUUCUUAACACAAUCAGCUAUUUGUUCUAAUGGAAAUGCUAAUUGAUGACAAAGAUGUAUAUUUUAGAAAGAGGCAGUUUUACUGAUGCUUGGGCAAAGCAGUCUUUCCUGGAACCCAUUAAGCACCUGUAGUGUGCAAGUAAUUAUUGUAAAUGAUGAUAAACAAUUUCAAAUUAGAUCUGAGUUUGCAUGAAUGUAUUUAAAUAAGUCUGCAGAAUAGCUUUGCUGAACAAAUUAAGAUUUAAGGAUACUUUAUCUGGGUGACUUGCUGCUCUGUGGUAUGUAAAGCUGAAUUAGCCUUUCUCCCCCUCCUUAUUGCACUCAGUGCUCUAUUUUCAGGCCUGUUCAGCUGAUGGUUAAAUCUUCCCAUAAGGAGUGAGAUUUAUGAUCAUGCUGCCUGCUGAUAGUCUUUUACAAAUGACAGCAGCUGACAGAGAGUUGUUUCUGUAGUGUUAGUUUGGUGAUGGUUCAAUUUGUUCAUACAAGUCAUUGUCCACUGUUUCAGUCAUCAAGGGAUAAUACACAUGCAUAUGUGCACAAAUCAUGAAAGUACCAUUAUCCAUUGGUUAUCUAGGAGGAAUACUGAUGCCAUGACUUACAAACAAAAAGCAUUCAGGCUGCGAACCCAUACACAUUUUCCUUGGAAUAAGCACCAUUAAAAAACACUGAGACAUAAUUCUGAAUAAACAUGGAUAACUACUUGUCAAGCACCUUUUAUUGGUGCUUCUAUGAUAAAGCAAACUGGAAUCACUUUCAUGUUGCUAACAGUGGAGCUCAUUGUAGGCACAGGGAUCAAAUGGGAACAGGCUUCUGGGUUUGGAAAGAUUGGUUCCGGAAAACCUGGAAUUUUGUAUAGCAGGUGUAGUGUGAUACAAGAACUGUGAAGAUCCCCCAUGGUCCACUGAUGUUUUCAAAGCAAGGAGCAGCUAAUAUGUGUUAAGUGAAUGCUCAUUCUUACUUAAAAAUGUAUGACAUGCCCUGCUGAAUCACAUCAAAUUCUACACAGACCAGCAUCCUUUGCAAAAUACAUGGCACUAAGUGGUCUACCAGAAGUUGGCCAAUGGCCUAUUCAUGGACCGCAACCUAUUUUGACUCUGCUUUGGAGUCACAAAGCUUUUGUACAUGUAAGGUUUCAAAAGCUAUAGAACACAUUAUAAUUGCCACAGAAAUACCUCCAAAAAACAUCCUUCCUAUAGCAAUUCAUUUUUUUGCUCUGUCAAUAGUGUUGAGAGAUUUGAAAGUCACAUCCUUCACUAAAUGUAUUUUCAUUCACUGGAAGGGCAAGAUACAAAUUUACUAAACAGCUUAACAGAGGUUCUGUUAACACAGGGAAAGAGAGACACCAUGCAGAUGCAAUAGCAAACCAUAGUUUUCUCUUACCCAUAUAAAUGGCAGCAAACUUUGAGUUUGUGUAUGUGAAGAGAGUACGUGAAGACAGUAGAUUAGAAUAUUUCCACAUUAGGGUAGGAACAACAAUAACUUGCCAUUGUAUCUGAAUGUGGCAGCUUAUGGUUUGCUGAUCAUAAGCCAGGAUCUCAGAACUAAAGUCCAGAUCCUAAUUUGUCAUUAAAUAAGGAUCAAUAAUUCAGGUGCUUAUUACUUCCCCCUCAUACAGGAGAAGGGAGGUUCACCUCCAUUAAUGCAUGUCAUGGAAAACCAUGGUUUGUUGCAUCUCAGUGUAGUUUUUGUAGCAUGAAUUAUUGGAAUUCAUCUGUCUUGAGAGACAAUGGAGUGCACCUCCAGGAGUGAAAUAAAACCCUUGCGUUAGCAGCACUGAAGUGACCCCGUUGAGGUGCAAACCUGGGCAGUGUGUAUGGAGGUCCUGGGCUGCCCAGACGACAUGACACCCCUUUUGGCCUCUCUGAUGUGGAAAGCAGAGCAAUAUGUUUGGUAUCAGCUUGGCUGCUGAAGUUGCCAGAAGAAAAUGUACAAGAUGCCAUCCAACCAUCUUAGGGACUCCACUCCAAGUUUGUUUAGGGCUUUACUCUGUAGCCUUUUCUUCUGAGAUUUCCUGCAAAGCAGCAGAAGUUUAGGAUCAGAGUUUUCCCUCUCCUAGAUGGGAUACCUUACCAGGUUGAUGAGCCCCAUUUGCCACUGUCAUGGAUUAUAGACAAAGGAAUAAGUUUAUUGGAUAGAUCCAGGUCUAGUUCUCGCACUGUUGCAAUUUUAGCAUGCUGUCAUCGUGCUAAAAAUCUAGUAAGAGUUUAUCUGUUUAAUAGCAUAAAUAAUAAUAAAAACUUUACUAAUAGUAUAAAUUAAAAUGUUCAGGUUCAUGAUAUUCUUACACAGUUGCUGUGCUCAAGCUUUCCGAUGUCCUAAGGAUAUGAACAUCUUGGACCCAGUGCAAUUAUCUGCAAAUUUUCCUGUUAAAUAUUAAGGACUCUUGCCUGCCUCACUGGAAGUCAGGUCACCCUGUGAGUUAAUCUAGUCACAAAGUAGAGGUGGAUAUACAGGGUCAAAUGAUCCAGCUACACUUGUAGUUCUUCAGCAGUGACAGAACAAUUACAGCAUCUUGCAGUAAAAGAAAUUUAGUGCAGUGUUAGUACAAAGUCAGCUUUUUCUCUCCAGAGAAAAAUUAUUCUAGAAGAGAGUUGUAAUGUUUCUUGGUAUUAAGACAUCAUGUUGACUAUUCGUUAAAUUUAAAUUUGCUCCGUUGUCUAUAACCUGCUCUUGGCUUUAAAGUUUUACUCUUUAGGUUUGACUUGCUGGAUGCUUCUAUUUUCAUUAUCUAAUCUUCAUAUAAAAAAAAAUACUUUAAUGGUGUUAUUGAGAUGGGAUGAUGUCUGUAGUCUCCCUUUUCAUAUCUUAUGUAGAGAGGGGGCUUUAUUUUGAGUUUGUGUUAUAGUAUCUUGGAUAAGAGAGCAGAUGAAUAAUAAUAGAACACACUUAUUAUUUAGGAGUAAAUGAUAUUUUUGUGGGAUAAAUAAAUCAUCCUGAAAUCAUAUACUUGGUCCAUAAUCACUUGCUUAUGUAGUGUAGAUGGAGGAUAAUCUAACACCACACGUGAGCUUGUCCUUUUCUGAGAAUUUAUAGCUAUGCUGGAUUCCCAAACUCAUUGGUUCAUCACGUGUUUAAUAACCCUUUGGUUAAUUGGUGCUGCUCAGAGAUACUUUGUAAGCAGCUGUAUUACAUAGUCCAGGAAAGCCCCCCUAAUAUACCUUGCAAUCUGAGAGGCAACUCUUGUAUCUCACUCUCUCUUUUUUUUAAUCACCAGCAUCCCUAAAAAUAAUGCUGAUCCAGGGAACAGUCUGGGUUGUUUUAGCAGUUGGGGGCAGGUGGUUAAUUUUCUUGUUAACUGUGGCUUAAUUGUUACUUGCUAGUGACUGAGAUCUUGUCUUCAUAAAAUCUAAGGUCACACCUGAUUAUAUUCAAUGCAAGCCAGAGUAAGAUUAUGGUGGAAGUAUGUGAAAUUCUGGACCAUGGCUAGGUAAUCUAAUCGUUUUCUGUGCUCUGAUUCCGUGCUUCCUUGCAAGGGCAGGAACUCUGAGCACAUGGAGUUCUUGUGUCUUCAAGGUCUUCUCCAUUCACUGAUGGUUGCUGUUUUCUUCAAAGAAGCUCAGGGCUUCCUAACUGAAGGCUAUCCGCUUUUUUCCUCACAACUCCUCCAUGGGGUACAUUAGGUUCAGUGAGAUAGUGAAUGGUCCAAGGUUGCCUAGGGAGCUUCACCAGUGAUUGAAGAUUGGCAUCCAGAUGUCCCUAGUUCAAGUUCAGCAUACUAUCUACUAUACUAGCUUCUGUGGAAGGGACAGAUAGAUGGGAAGUGUGUAUGCAUGAACUUUUCCAUCUUCAGACAUGAAUUAUAUCUAAACAUGUGAUCCCUCUUAAUUCUGUGGCUUAAAUAUGCUUGCUUAGGCAUCAGAGCAGCAUUUUGACUAUUCAUUAACCAAUGCAUUAUUGGGAAAUCUUAUUUACUAUCUUAUUUACUUCAAAUAUGCUUGUUCUGGCUUUCCCUGUUUUCCUAAUGAUGGGAACUGCAUGUUUAGCAGCAGCUAGGACUAUCUUAGUAUACCUCAUCUUGCAUGAGGGUUUGGUUCCAAGGGUUAUAUGUAUACAUGGAAAACAGAUAUAACAAACUCCUGGAGCCUCCCACAAAGCUAGCCAGCCUGACUUCUAUAAGGUAGCCGAUAAGGGAGAGAGCAUCCCCAGUGCUCCUAGUGGGCCUUGCUCAGCAGGGAAGACUGAGAGCUUAAAAGCUUUUCGUGCCAGGUCUGCUUGGGGUUACCCGAUGCAAAAAGAGGUUUUAAGCUCUUGGCCUUGACUCUUGGGCAGAGCCUGCUCAGCACACCAGCUCUGGGAGUGUUAGGGAUGCUUUUGCAAGAUUUUGCAGAACAAUCUGACUUCCUAGGAGAUCUCAUGAGAGUAUCCUCACCACUGCUAGAGCUGGCACUUAGCAGGCCUUGCCUGGAAGCAAAGUAAGAGAACUUAAAAGCUCUAUUCGCACUACAUCUGCUUGAGGCUACCUUCAUGCUACACUUGCAAGGGUUUGGGGUGGAAUGUGCACGCCCAGCAGCAGAACCAACACAUCGAGUUCCGUCCCUCUACCUGCUUUGGUUUUCAUGUAUCCAGCCGAAUGUCUAGGCUACACUUGUGUACAUAAAUGUGUGUGUGUGUGCGCGCGCACACACACACAUUGAUAAACACACACAUGCAUAUACUUACUAAAAUUGUGAUGCAAAAUCUUUUUGUGUGUCUUAAUUCUAAAUACGUAGUAAGCUUUUGUAAAAAAAAAAAAAAAAGGCAAAUGUGGCAAGCGGUGCUCAGUUUGACUGAAAGCUCUGUGCCUCAGUUUCAAUUUAGAGAUAAUAUUCUUCCACUUUUCCUUGUCUGUAUUGCUGCCUGUGCUGUUUCCUUUUCUCUUUCCAGAGAUGAUGGCAUUCACAAAGGGAACUGAAGUCAUCUCCAUCUCCUUCUUUCUCUCAGUUUUUUCUUUUUUAUAAUCUGAUUUCAUAGCAUUGUGCAAUCCUUCUUGAUGACAGGCUCACCAAAGCUGAUUGAGUGCAUUCCUAUGUUAUAUCUACCCUUGAUUUCACUAAAAUAUUCUAACAUUUAGUAUUCUUUCAUGGCUGUGACUUACACUUUUUAUAAUAUCCAAUUAGUAUACUUCUGGUUUUAUGAGUAUUCUAAAUCAGAAUGGGAAUGUGCAUGUACAGGAAUAGAUUUGUUCAUCUCCAUAAUUGUUUCUUUUUUCUGAAUUGUCUAGCUUGGUGGCAUGGUAUAAACUCAAGAUGCUGGUGAUAUUUUUCAUUAAACCUCUGUUGCCCUCCACUCCGUGUUUCACACUAAUUAUUUUCUUUCCUUACAGAAAUACACAGCUGUUGGGGAAUUGGGAAAGGCAACUGACACAUUUGAUUCUACAGGCAAAGUAACAGAAGAAAAACCUUACGGUAAAGAAUCACAUAAUGUGUUCUGUUCUGACUGUUUGACUGCAGUGCUUUGUUUAGAUUGCAGCAAAGAUGGUGUCAGGCUCAGGUUUGUAGCUUAUUUUUAAAGGAAUUUUGUUGGUCUAGCUGACAGAUUAAAUGGUUUGCAACAUCUUGGAAAUGGGGAUUCUUUGUCAGCUUUUAAGAUGACUUCUGAGAAACUCAACUCAACACUUGAAGGUCAUAUAAAUCCACAGACCCCUAGUUACUGAGCCCAUCACCGUAAUUAAUCAGCAAGCAUUUAGGAACUGUAACUCUCUGCAUAUGUUAGACCCCAGCUCCCACUAUGCCUGACUGUUGGCUAUACUCACUAAGUCUAAUGGGAGAUGUGGCCCUCCAGAUGUUGAACUCCCCAGUUUCCCAUCCCUGGCUUUAGUUGCUUAGUUUCCAUUUCAGCUUGGUCCGUUCCCAGAAACCCCCAGUGGAUUGUGAUUGAUAUUGCUUCUUUUUUAGAUGAGGAGUUGGAAGGACCCUAGCUCACUGAUAGAGUGCAUGCAAAGGCUCAGUCCCUGGCAUCUGAGUUAGGGUCUGAAGCUGUGGAGAGCCAAUUCCAGUUAGCAUGAACAAGAGUGAUCUGGAUGGUUUAGUGCUCUGACUCACGUCCCAUAUUUCCUACCUCUGUCUCUGCAUGCAUGUGGUAGGGAUGUAAUGGGCAUUUGUGCUUUUAAAAGGUGGUAUGUUGUGUGCAGGUUUCCCUUGACUAAACUUUCAGAGAUCACAGAAGCACAGACUUGUAGAGUUGGAAGUGACCAUGAGGAUCAUCUAGUCCAACCCCCUGCAAUGCAGGAAUCUUUCACCCAACAUGGGGCUCAAACUCACAACCCUGAGAUUAAGAGCCUCACGUUCUACCAACUGAGCUAUCCCCUCCUGAGCUGUGUUGGGAUAGCGUGCACUGCCUUAAUGUCCCCAAGCUUGUGCAUGCACAUCCUUGGUGUGUCUCAACUUGGCUUGGGCACAGAGUGUGAGUAUGGUGUCAUGUUUUCUUCUGAACUGACGCUCUGAAAUCAGAGUACUACUAUGUGUGCUUUUAAUGAAGCAAGAAAGAAAAAGCAUGUAAGUAGUAUGUUGGGUGUAGAGCAAUUGAGGUUGUAAUCACUUAAAGUUCCUGCUUUGGGUAUAUAAGUAUUUGUGAUGCCUGUUUGUGAGGCUUCUUGCUCCACUAACAAUAGCCAUAAUCAUAACAUAAUGGGAUGACCAUGAGUUAACUGUCUAUUGUAAAUGUUUUCUUUCAUUCCACCCACCCUAGGAGAUGAUCCUUCUGGGUUGAUAGUGCAACGGGGGAAGUUUCCAGUUCUUACUACUUCCUCAAAGUAGACCCUUCUCUUCAGAUCUUUCUAUCACCUCUCAGUGCUGUUUUACAUUUCAGACAAACAGCUAAAUCAACAAAUUCAUCCAAAGAAGAGAACAAGAGCCUUUUAAAUAGCUGGAAUGGUUGCUAGGCUUCUGCUUUGUUUCGUGCCUUGCUUUUGGUCAUAUGCAAAGAUGCAUCUCUCCUGUGCUUCUGAGAAAUAACAUGCCACUAAUUGCGGAGCAAACUUGCUACUACUCUCAUUAAUUCCUUCACAACUUAAAGAGAACAGAGCUAUAGAUAGCUGGUCUCCUAGCAACUGCUAUGCAACCCUCUGUAUUUAUAAUACCCAGUAACAGGUAACCAUGAUAAAUUAUCUUCUGUUGCCUUGUGGUGAUAAAGGAGGUCUCUGUGGAUUUUUUUUUCUUUACUCCUUUUUCUUGCAUGCAGUAUGUUCUCACUUUUCCCACACCUCUUAAAAUAUAAUAUUGCCUCACAACUUAUACUGCCUCACAGACCUACCUUCAUUUUAAUUCAUGUCCGUUGCUUGAUUCAUUUUUAAUGCUGAAUGAGCAAACUAGCCAAAGGCCCAAUUCAGAUAUUAUAAGCCAGGGCUAAAGAACCUCCGGCCCGCAAGCCUAAUUAAGCCUGGAAGAUUGGCCCACCAGGCUGUUUUGAGCAAAUUACACCCACUUUUCCCCCUUACCUGAUUACAUAUAUGAUGUCAGGUAUAGAAAACUUCAAGCCAUGACUGAAUUUCUUUUAAAAAUCCUUGAUGUGGUGUACAAAAACAGAUCAACAGUAAAAGCUGUAGAUUAAUAAAUAUUGGCAGACCACAAUAAAACCAUUACAAACAAGGCUGCCAUCUUUGCAGUAGCAGCUGAAAAUAAUUGCUGCAGUUUUCUACAAACGUUUGCCGCAAACCGCAAAAAGGAUCAUCCACCAUAGUAUUUUGAUGUUGUUUUUAAUCUUGGCUUGUAUUUAUAAUUAUUAGUGCUAUGUUUUGUCCCUGCUUCCCUGGUGUUUGUCCUAGCAGGAGUAUAGAUUUGCUACCAAUUUGUGAUUUUUCGUACUUGUACAAUUUGUUCACUUGUUUGUGAAUAGUAAUUAAAUUUAAAGCAUCUUAAAAACAGAAGCCCAGGAUAAUUUGAACAGUACCUUAAAAUUCAAAAAUUAUUUCCCAGAUACAGUGCUGGGCUCAGAGUAUACCCUCUUCUUAUGGUAAGGUUCCUAUUUUUCAAAUCAAAAACAAACUCUGAAAUUUUAGUCCUGCAAAGGUGUCCGAAGGUUGUUUGAAAGUAAGGUCUUGCAGGCACCAACAGCAAAAGGAAAUGUUGAAAGAGCUUCAUUGCUUACCUCUCCCCACCCCACCCCAUGCUUGUUUUCCUUUAUAACUGGUAGCAGCGAUGUCUUAAAAAUAUCCUAAAUAUGUUCAGCCUUAGAACCCUUAAGAGUUUAUGAUGUUAAGAAUGUGAAUAUAGGUAGUUUUUUUAUUGUCUUCUGUUUUCCAGUGUUGUUUGCUCUUAGACUGAGAUACCCCACCCCACCCCACCUGCCAAAAGUAGCAAAACAAAAAUGAAAUGCUUAUGACUGAUAUAGGUCAACGGAAGGCCUAAUACUGAGCAAACUAGAACAGUUUAUUUUCAUCAGGUGAAGAUGAAAUGCCUGUGUUUGGUAGGUAGAAAAUGCAAGCAUUCCCAUUUGAGAAAUGUUCAGAUUGGUUCUUCAUUUAUACAGAAAAGCAUUAUUUAAGUCUACAUAUUUGGUAGAGGCAAUAGGUAGUAUUUAACAUUGCACCAAGUUGACUGUUUUGUCAGCGCAACCAUUUCAGUUUGCCAGACUGAAUGUUGCCCCCUUCUCUUCUCCCUGUGUAUUCUCUCCCUGCAAUUGAUUCUGGGAGGAUCAGGAGAAGAGAGAAGCCCCAUGGUGCAAGCAGAAGACCUUCAAAGGGCUUCCGCCAAUGGGACUCAUUAGGUGAAUCCCGCCCAUUGGUUCAAUUUAGAGAUUAACCUGUAGGGCUAACAUUCUUAUAUCCAGAUUACUUAAUAUUAGCUAUUAUUUAAGGGAACCUUAAUAUUUACAAUUUUUUAAAAAUCCGAUGUAAAUCAAAACAUCAUUAAAAAAAUUUGAAUGAUUGAUUUUUACACACCUGCACCCACAUGCCAUGAGUCAUAGGAGCUUGAUCUUAGAAGCAAACAGGGUGUCUGCAGCACCAGGUAGCCUGUCUCUCCCUCUCCUUAUUCCUGUACACAUUGUUCCCCUCCUGCAGCCCUGACUGAUUUAUGAACUGCUGCAGCAUUAUCAUUAAUGACACUUCAUUUAGACUGCUGCUGGGCACAGUAGCAGCAUCUGCCAUCGCGGUUCCAAAUGUUCUCUUUGUAUAAAGUGAGAUAUUAAAGUUGUUUCCUUCCGAUACAGCAUAAGAGAUGAAAUGUUUUCUUUUCAAGGAAUAACCCUCUUAUCUGUAUCACGAGAGCCAUCUGUUCAGGAAGGGAGCUGCAAGUGCCUAGAAGAAGUAAAGAGCAAGGAUUAAAGCAUAAGAAGAAGAAGAAAAAGCCAUUCAUGAUAUUUAUUUAUUCCUUGGCAGGAAUCCAUUGGGAUUCACCAGAGGGAGGGAGGCUGAGCAGAGGGGAUGUUCAGGUUAAUAACUGCAGGAAGGAUAACCAGUCCCAAAUCUGACCUUUUGGUCAGAGUCCAAAUAUCUGUAUUCUGUUGCAUUAUGUUCCUGAAGUCUUAUGUUUUGGUUUCUCCAGAAAUCGGUCUUUGACGGGAGUUGUACUCAGUGUGCUUGUGAUUCUUUUGAGCCGUCUCUUGGCAAUGUAUAUGUGAGAGUGUGGGCGCAUAUGCUAGAAAGGCGAGAUUUAUAUUCUGGCUGUACUGCAUUGGAUAAUGAUAACUAGAUUAUGUAAAAAGUGAGUAUCAUAAUACCCUAGAAUUAUUAAUGUGCUGGAAAUCAGAACCCAGAUAGCUAGGCCAUUCUAAAUUUUUCUUUAAUCUUUUGUGAGGAAGAAAACGUUUUGUGCACUGAGUAUUUCAUAAUGUAUCUACUACAUUCUCCCCUACCAUGUUGCACAUCCUAGUUAUUAAGAAGAGUCUUAGAUCGACUUGCAUUAGCAUACAUUACAAUUCGAUAGAGGAGGAUUUUCAUAACAUUACAUAGCUUAUCAGAAAAAUGAGCGUUCAGAUUGGAGUGGAAGCAAAUAAGCAGCCAAAUCCUGUAUGCAGAAAGUUCUGUGUUUAUGGGGUUAUAUUUCUUUUUCUACCUCUGGUAAUAUAAAGGCUGAUGUGUGUUGAGAAUUUUAAAUCAAGUAGAUUUAUGAAUAUUUUGCCCCUCUUUUGGUCCACAUAUCCUUGUGUUCAGGAUAAUGUGAUGCAAAUUAGAUACCCCACAUAUCCUUUAACCUAUUCAUUUACUUGCACAACUAUUCUGUGGCAUAGGUUAAGCCAUUCUUCCAAACCUGGUGCCCUCCAGGUUUUGUUGAACUACAGUUCCCAUUAUUCCUGCUGGGAUAGCUUUGUUAGUAGAGCAUGAGACAAAAGGGGAAGGGAAGAAAUUACAUACUUCUGCUACUUAGCCUUACUUAACUUUCUGGACUAUUGCCUGACUCUUUUUUUGGACCAAAAAAUGAUGACUGGCCCUAACAUCAUUUAAAAUGUUCAAGGUUGGUAUUGGCUAGUCAGUUAUAUUUUAUUUAUUUAGGAUAUUUAUAUAUCCAGUUCACAAUGGGCAGUUCACAAAUUUAGAAGCAACACAAUACAAAAAUAAAAUAGUGAAUAUUAAAAACAAACUAACAUGGGCAUGGGGACACAGCUGUCAUGAAGCAGAUAAGAACAAUAAAGACACAACUAAAAAUCUCUCCAGCAGAGGGAAACAAAAUAAAUGGAAGAACUAAAAAUCAGUAAAACUAUAGAUGUUCCAAAGCCUAGGAAAAUGAAAAGGGCUUCACCUGGUACCAAAGAGAUCCUCAAGCCCUUCUAGGGAGAAGAUUCCAUAACUGGGGUGCCACCACCAAGAAGUCCCUUUUCCUGGUCAUCACUGUCCUCACCUCACUAAGUGGGGUAAUUUGAAAAGGGCCCUCUGAUUUAGACGUUAAUGUCCAGGCAAGUAUAUACAACAGGAAGCAAUCCAUUUGGGGCUUUAUUAUUUAAUACCAGCACUUGGAAUUGGACCCAGGAAUGGACUGGAAGUCAAUGCAAAUGAUGAUGGACUGGUGUGAUAAGCUGAUAUCUACUGUCGAUAAUCUUGCUAUUUUGGGCUAGCGGGCGUUUCCAGACAAAGGCAACACUAUGUAUAAUGCAUUGCAGUAAUCCAUCUGGGAUGUUAAUAGAGCAUAGACAAUUGUUGCAAGACUAUCUGUUCAGAUAGAAUCAUAGCUGGUAUAUCAGAUGAAGUUGGUAAAGUACUCAAUGUAUUGUCUUGGCUUUAAUAUAAAAUCCAAAAGAUCAGCAGCUUUUUUCUCAAUUCUCCGAAGUGCUCAAAGUUUGUCAGUUGUUACACAAAUAAUGAAUACUGAAAUGUACAUAUGCCCAUGUUUUCUCUUUUGGCAGAUUGGAUAACAAAAGAGGAUAUUGAGAAUGUCCUGCAGAAGUUCACAGGCAGCAUCAUGCAAGUUCCCCCGAUGUAAGUGCUUUGAUAAAUAGUUGAACGUCAUCUUUGGGAAGCCUGCCUGCAAAAUCUCAUUUUGCUGGCAGUGGAAAGUGACCUCUGUAGAGCAGAAAGCUGGCAAGACAGGGCAGUCUGGAAAGAAUUUAUUAACUUGACAGAAUUACAGCCAAGAAUGACAUUGACUUGAACAGCACAUGCAAAUAGCCCAUGAUGCUGUCUGUUAUGUCUGAAUUUCAGGCCUUUGGUCAUCACUGAAGCAAAGCUUUCCCUUGCCUUGAAUAUUUAAAGCAAAAUCAAAUAGUAUUGCUUAAUGGGCAGUGUUGCAUUUUAGGACACUUUUGUAUACCAAUAAUAGGAAGUGUUCUCAGUGAAGGUAACAGUGCUUCUUGGAGGGAAGCUUGCGGCAGUCCAGUUCACUUUACACAGUGAUCAUGCAGUCUUUGAAGUACCAAAUGCAAUGCUUGGCAUAGAAACUGUGGAAGUGCCACUUGUUCUUGGCAAAUGCCCAUCCCCAUAUGGAUCCCUGUGUCAGAAUGUAAGGGUCACGUAUGAACAGGAUGGUGAUAAGAUGUACGAUUAGGUGUCUUCAUCAGAGAUGAGCUAAUUUCAGAUUGGCAGGCAUCUUCUCUUUUUUAUUGAAUGUCAAUGGUUCAACUAUGCCUAUUAAAUUCAUAAAGGAAGACCUUGGAUCUGAGAAUGUGAGAAGGGUCUUGCUAAAUCAAAUCAAGGUCUCCUAGUGCUGGACUUAGCAAGCUUCAGCCACCAUCAGUUAUACCAGAAAUUGAACAGUGGUUCACUGGUAGACCUUCUGCCCACCCCAGAGUGCUUUUUAAAUGCAUGAAAGCAGGGAAUGAAACAUAUAUCUAUAUUGUCAGGGAACUGCCAUCGGCUCAGAGGCGAGGGAUAGAGGGGGAGUCGUGUUACAGGGAGCCUCUGAAAAUCUUGCGAAGCAGUUCCCCACCUCCCGUGGAGAAGAGGUGCAAGGACCAGAGGAUGCUAGAGAGAGCCUUAACACCACACCUGAGCAAGCCGGAGACGAGGGAAGCACACCCCUGCCAUCCCCAAUCACGCGCAGUAGUUUGAGGCGCAGGGAGAGGCAGAAAAGGCUUGGGGUGACGAAACUUUUAUGUUGGGAAUGGUACAAAAACAGACCACUCCCGGAUUCUGCUAGUGAUUGAGCCAGACAUGAACUUAUGAUGCACUGUAAAUAGUUUGCACCAAAAUAAAGCCUGUAAAAGACAGGUCGGAGUCCUGCCUGGUUACUCUCGAGCAACUGCAACAGCAUCUGACAUGUGUAUGUGUGUGUGUGUAUAUGAGAUUUAUUAUUUAUUUAUUCACCUGGACAGAUGGUUCUCCUUAGCACUACUCUGGAUUGAAUCUGUUGUAUUUGUUGUUUCGUAAACAUCUUAAAGAUUUACUUGUAUUGAGUGGUAUAUAAAUAUAUGAAAUAAAAUGAAAUAAAUAAGAAAUACCCUGUUGUAUUCACUCCUUGAUCAGCUAUUGUGCCCUGAAGAGAGAUGGACAGAGGUUGUCCACUCUGGUUAAGAAAGGAGAAGUUGUUGAAGCAAAGCCUGCCAGACAAGUUAUGGUCUACAGUCUCACUCUUAGGAGUUUCAAGCCGCCCUUCUUCACGCUUGGUAAGGAUCCAAAGCAUGGAGUCUGGUUGUACUUAAGUCAAAAUAUUUAAAUUGUCUAGGUUUGUUUUAAUUGUAUUGUGUUUUAAUUGUAUGUACGAUGCUUUGUGUGGAUUGUGCCCAGGAAGGCAGCCUGUAAAUAAGUUUUACACGCACACACUAUAUACAUAUUUAUCAUUAUUUAUUAUUUAUUAUUUAUUAUUACUAUUUAUUAGUGUCCUCUUCAAUCCCCCCUUUUUUUCUCCUCUUUUUCUUUUUGCUUGUCCUAAUUUUCAGCUGUUCCCACAAUACUGCAUUUGUCUUAUUAAUCUCUUUUCCUCUCCCUUUGUGGUCCCCCUGUUAUUUUCUGCAGUGUCCGUUUAAAUUAUGAUAUUCAUUUUCAUCUAUUUCUGUAUACCGAUAAUGCAGUGAUAAUUUAAAAAUGUGAAUCAAGAGGCCUAGGCCAAACUAAGGAAUUCUCCCAUUGCCUUUUAUUUUAAGUCUUGUAUCAGUGAAAUAUAGACCACCUUUAGACAAUUGAGUAACUUGGAUGAACCACAUGGCCAUUAUCUUAAUGUGCUGAAGUCAACAUUAUUUUGACCUAUGGAUCUACAGUGCAACUAUAUACGUAACAAUGGACUAUCGAUGCGUCCAGACUGAGAAUCUCGGCCCUGUGUUUCAGAGAAAGACCAUUAAGGACAGUAGUGAUCUUCCUGCUGAGUCCCUUUUGCCAAUAAUCAGACAGGGAUGUCAGCCAUGACAUGCUGUUCUCUUUUCUAUCAAGUGUGAUGAAAAGGCAGUGUAGGCUAAGCUGAUGGAUGUAGACCCAGGAGAUCACAGCUGCAAACACUACCCCACCCUGCAUGAACUGGGGAAAACACCGAUUGCUCAGCCUUUGGAUAUUUUGGGAGUGGUUGCAACAUUGUUCAAAAGCGGAAGUAAACAACUUUGCACAUUUUCAAAGUGUUAAGUAAGUGUCACUUGGUAAGGCUAACAGUUUCGGGCUAUGUUUGACUUGCAGGUUAAGUGCUCUCCUCUUUUGCAUAAUAUGCAAACCGUGUUUCAAUGUACUGUGUAAUUUCAGUGGUUACGACUUACUGCUUGGGUGAUUUGCAGCUCUUUAUAGUGAGCAGAUUUUAAACUGUCUUGGGUCUUCCUGGAUAUGUGUGAUGUGCGUAGACUUUUAAAAGUUUGCUCAGUGUUUUAAAACAUUCAUAGAUACUUUUUGCUAGCACUUCAAAUAAUCUCUCCACCCCUCAAGCAACAAUGGAUAAAUAUAUGACCUGACAUGGUAUCUUUCUUCUUCUUCUUCUUCUUCCCCUCCUCCUCCUCCUCCUCCUCCAAAUGAAGGCUCCGAAGUACUGAAACCCUGAAGCUGGUGCUGAAAAGUGAAUGAUUGUUAAGCCGGUGCAUUUUAUUCCUGUUUGCUUUCCGCUCUUCGCCAGCUUCACAAUCUCACCCUCACAUAUGUUACAGGAUGAAUAAUUUAUAUUAUAACCCAUAAAUAUUUUAAUCACUCUAUUGUUUGCUUAGUGCAUUUUUACAUUUCUAUGUAAAGUAGAUUUUUGUGCUAUGCUGGCAAUUUACCAUGUCACCGUUAACAUUCCAGAUGUUGAAUGUGGCGGCGGCUUUUAUGUCAGAAGCUUGGUCAACGAUAUUGGCAAAGGUAGGCACAGACAAAGCACAAUCGCUCGGGGAGCAAGUGUUCCUGUUAACAGAGGGCCAGAUCAGCUGUCAGUAUCUCUGGCUGCCAGAUGUGCGCACUGGGGCUGCAGCACUGUUUGCCAUGGUUUGGACCUGUAGCACAAAAUGAACCUGAGUGAAUUGACUACAAAAGUGGUCCUUCGAGGGCAGCAGUAAAGUGGUCGGUUUGGCCAUGGACUUAUGAGAGAGGAGUAAGAACUCUCUUUUCCUGCAAGAUAAACAGAUGGGGUUUUUUUUUUGGAGAGGUAAGAAAGUUCCUGUUUUUAAAGGUUACGAUGAUAAAUAAUGCUUUGAAAUCAGAAUGCGCAAAGUUGCAAACAUGAUAUAACCAUCCCAUCUGGAUUUGCCCCUGUUGUUUAUGAUGACUUAAUCAGCUUUUCCUCUGACCUGAGAUGUGAUCCAACAAAAGGAAUUUUUAUUUGGCUAUACUUUACCCAGGGAGUAACAUAAUCAUUGACAGGAGGAUAAGUUCAGCCAUUUUUAAACACUAAGCUCUUUUAGAUUCUGCUCAGCAUGAACAGAACAUAAUGGCUGUACACCAAGAAUUAUUGGUGCUCAACUUUCCUCCUUUGGCAGAGACCGAAUUCAGUAAGCAGCCAUCGGUGUGUAACAGGAUUUGAAUGGCAACUGUGUAAUAUAACUGUGUAAACUCUGUAAUGUGAACACUAGUUCUGUUUGGGGCAGCACUGCACAUGGGAAGUCUCCUGCAGGCGCUUUUCAUUUUUAAAGGAGUCUAGAAAGGUACUACAUGUCAACAGCUUAUUAAGGCAUGCAGUUUGACCUUGUGUCAAAAAUCUUAUCAUAAAAUGUGUUUGUUGUUGUUAUUGUUGUUGUUAAAAUUUGUUAGUCACUUUAUCUUGCCCAAGGCAACCCAAAGCAACUUACAAACAAACAAAACUACAUUGAUACAUUAAAACCAGGGGGGGAGCAAAACAACAACAACAUUACAUCCCACCCACUUCUAAAAGGCCACUGAUAGUUAGAGCCAAAGGCCUGGUUAUAGAGGAAAGUUUUUGCGUGGUGCCUAAGGAAAAAUGAUGGUGCCAGCCAGGCCUCCCUGAGAAGAGCAUUCCACAAGUUGGGAGCCAGUGCAGGAAAGGCUUUUUCUCGUGUUGCCACCCUCUGGACUUCUCAUGGAGGGGACACACAAGGAAGGGCCCUAGAUUUUGAAUGCAGGGUCUAGGUCGGUUCGUAUGAGAAGUGGUCCUUGAGGUAUUGCAGUCCUGAGCCAUUUAAGACUUUAUAGGUUACAAACCAUCACUUUGAAUUAGGCCUGAAAACUAAUUGUCAGCCAGUGCAUUCGGGCCAGGAUGAGUGUAAUAUGCUCAAACCGUCUUGCUCUGGUAGCAACCUGGCCACUGAAUUCUGCACCAGCUGAAGUUUCCAAACCAUCUUCAGGUGCAUCCCUAUGUAUAAUGUGUUGCAGUAAUGUAGUGGGGAAAUGUACCCCCCCCCCCCGAAUUGCAUUUCCAUGAGAUGUGCAGCGUAUUUGGAUAAUGAAAUGUUUAAUGGUUAAUGUUUGUAUAAUGUGUCAAAUGUUCAAAGUGCUUCAAGGUUCUUUAUCUAGUUGUUACCCUUACAACAACCCUGUAAGGCACAUUAGUAUUAUCCCCCGCUAUUGCUGAAGGGGGAACUGAGGUUGAGACAGAGUGGCUUGCCUAAGGCCACCUAGUGAGUUUAUGGUUGAGGCAAGAUUGAAACCAGGGACUUUCUGAUUUGUAGCUCAGUUCCUUAGUCAGUACACAACACCAGGUCUAACCAUUUGGUAUUUAAAUAAUACAUUGCCAAAGAUGCACACUAUGUGGUUUUAAAAUACUCUAGGCUGUAUCCAAUGCCAUUAAAAUAAAUGAUUAUGACAAACAUAGGUUCAUUAAUUCGAAUGGAUCUGCUCUGAGUAGGACUGGUACAGGAUACAACUCUAUAUUCUACCAUAGUGGUGAUGUUAUAAUAUAUAUCCCAUAUUUCCCACUGGAGUGCUAGUUUCAAGUUCUGUAAAAUAUUGGUGUGCUGUUUGCAAGCUUGGCUUUUGUUUUCUCCCUUUUGAUGCUGCAGAGCUGUCCUCCUGUGCCACUGUGCUGGAACUGACCCGAACCAAACAGGGACCAUUUACCCUAGAAGAGCAUGUUCUUUAUGAAGACAAAUGGACCAUUGAUGAAAUUGCCCGGUCUCUGGAGUGUUGCAUGCCUCUCCUCCAGGAAGAACCGCCUCGUAAAAAAUUAAAGAUGGAGCUGUCUGAAGAAUGCGCCAUGAACUCUGAAGAUAAGUGAUAAGUCAGGUCAAGGAAAAAGACUGAAUGACUGAGAUGUUUUAAGAUUGCUCUGGGAUUGUCUUGUCUUCCCCUGUAAAUUUACAGUCCAGUGCGUGGAGGAUGACAAAUUACAAUGCAAUGAAAAUGAUACCUUUCUAUCUCUUCUGUUCGCGCUGAAGCACACAGACACACACAAAGAUGCCCAGCAUUUAUUUACUUUCAUAAUGUCCGUAUUGUGUUGUGAACUUCUUUGUCAAGGACUACACCCAGUAAAAGACCUUGCAGGACACUUCUAAAAUUUGAAUUUGCUUCCAUGUCCUUAUUUGUUUGUUUAUUUGGGUACUAACAUCUCACCUUUAAAAGCAAAGCCCCUUCAAAAAGCAAGUUACAAUAUUAAAUUUGUAUAAAUACAGUUUAAAAUAAUAAAAAAUAAAUAUAGCAGCAAGACAGUAAAAACAGCCUAGAAGACUGUGGUUAUAUAAAGCCAAUAGGGCCCUAAAUUACCAUACUGAGCACUGGUAAUUAGGGAAACUGUGCAGAUGUACCUCUGGAUUUAAAGAUCCAUACUUGUGCUUUUCCGUGUGUUUCUUCUUUUUGAAGAAUUGACAUGUAUGCUGAUACACUGCGGCUAGCUCUAUAGCUAAGUUUUCUCUUUUUUCAAUUCUCAGCACAUCUUACCUAUAAUUGCUCCAAGAGAAUCUUAUUAUAUACAUUAUCUCUUCUCUGCAUUAAUGCCUUGCUUUUUUUCUGAUUCAUUAUUGUCCUUCCCAGUACUUUUGUGUGUGUAGACUAUUUCUUUAAAGCUGUUGGAGUCAUGAGAUUCUUGGCAUGGAUGACAGCGGCAACGUCUAGGCUGCAGGUGAAGUUGGCCUAGCCAAAUAAAGGUGAUUAUUUCCAAAGAAAGGUGAUUAACCAAACCGUUUAAAACACAUGACUUCUCCCAAAAAAUUCAGGGCACAGAGUGACAAUUUCCAGCAACCCUUAACACUACAGUGCACAGAAUUUUAGAUGGGCUGUGUGUGUGCUUCAAAUGUGCUUUAAAUACACAGUGUGUACACAAUCUAAAAAGGACUCUGGGCAAUAGCUAAUACCUGAGCAGCAGCAACAAAGUGGAUCUAGGAGCAUACUUAUGCUUCAUCCCUUAUCCAUCAAGGACUGUGAUUCUCUCCAGGGACCUUCCUCAGAUCAAGCAGUGUGCUCUCCUCCAGAUGCCACCUCCUUUUGGGGGUGAGACAGGUGGCAACUGUGGAGAGGAUCUUUGUGUCUAUGGAAUGUUCUGCUGAGGGAUGUUAGCCCAGUUUCGGCUUUGAUGUUGCAUUGGAGACCUUAAUUCUGCCAUGACUUUAAAAACCAUUACUGCACUGUUUCAUCAGCUGUUAUUUUUCACCUCUUGGGGGUAUUGCCAUAUGAAAUGUUAGACUGAUAGUAUUGUUGUGAGCUGCCUUGAAAGUGCAUGUGUGUUGAAGGUUGGGAUACAAUUUUUAUCUCUACACUGGAGCCUCUUCUUGCCUGUCUCUGAAAUGUCUGUUUUGGGUCCCAGUCCUGCAUGCUGUUUCAGAAAGCAUUGGGUACAGUAUACCUCUGCGAACGUCCGCC